AGGAGCGUCGCCGCGCAUGCGCGGUAGCUUUGCACUGCGGAGGGCUCUGUCCUCGUACAGCGGUCAGUUCACGGAGCUGCAGCCUCGUCGUGAGUCGCUCCCUCGUCCCUGCGCUUAGUCCGGCUCCAUCACGAGCUAAUGGCUCCGCGGCUUUUGCGGUGAUAGGAAAGAAGUUACCCGGAGCGUCAUGGCCUCUCUGACCGCGUCCUCUGCGGCUCGGAGCGUCGACAGGCAUCGGAAGUCCUUCGCGCUGCUCUUCUACCGGGCGGUGAGGGACCUGAAGCCGGUCUGGAUGCUGGAGGACAUGCGGACCAUGGAGACGUUCUACCAGGGGGAGGACUACUCCCCGUCUGAGGCUUUGCUCUACGCCAUAGUCCAUGACCACCAGGCGUACGCCCAGUAUCUGCUCAACCGGUUCGCCGCCGAGGCGCUAGCUAAGCCCGGGGAGCGCUUCUGCUGCUGCCCGUCCUCCGCCCCACACUUGGCCAUGGCCGUGCGCUACGACCGGCGCUACAUCCUCGGUCUCAUCCUCCAGGAGACGCACAGGGUUCACAGCGCGCCUCCCUACGCGGACCGAGCCGGCUGUUUGCACGGCGAUCACGGCAAAACCCCCUUACACUUGGCCUGUGAGCUGCAGCGACCCGAGACGGUGGUCAUGUUGCUGGGAAACGGAGCAUCCCCGCACGCCCGGGACCACCACGGCUCGACCCCGCUGGACAUCAUCCUAGAGAAGCUCGGGGACUGUCCGGAGCUGGGCGCCGGGGAGAGGCGGCAGUGCUUGGACAACCUGCUCAUGUUCAUGCCGAAGGUCCACUUUAAGAUGAAGGGGGCUCUGGGCAGAGAUCCGGAGCGCUGGAUCAAGGUUCUGGGCGAGCAGACGUACAGGUACCUGGCAGGAUGGAGCCCGGCGCCGCUCGUCCUCUGCGCCAUGCAGACUGUGCUGAGGCAGCUGAGCCCCGCCGCCUUCCCGGACAGCCUGCACGAGCUGCCCAUCCCCUCCUCCCUCAAGCCGCCGGGCCUGCCUGUGGGCCAGCCGGACCGGGACCGGCACCGGGUGCUGUAGCAGCGGCGUUACACGAUGCAUGCUGCGUGUUCUGUAUGUGUGCGUGUGAUUAGAAGGCACUGCUUCAUCAGUGUUAUCUGCUGCUGUGACUGUGGCUACUGAUGACAUUAAGGAACAAACAGCCAUAAACUAACGUUUACACCACAGACGGGCUGCUUCCAUCCAUUUGCUUUGUGUUCUAAAAUGAAAGGAAAACAAACUUAUAGAUCAUUUAAUUGGAUGAGAGCUUAUUUUUUAAUAAAUGCCAAACUCAGUGAUGA